AUCAUAAUUUUAACAAGAGUUGACUAAAUAUUGGACGUGCACCGGUUUUUCUCAGUUGCUGUGUAUUUCAUUUAGAUCGUGUGCGCUUGCGCAGAUGGGGGGCGGAUUUGUUUUGCUGGACCCUGUAGUGUUUUGCAUUAGAAUCCAUCGAAAUGGGGUUUAUGAGACACCGGCAUCUUCGACGAUAAACGUUUCUGAGGUGAUAACGAAUACUUACAAGAGGUUGUGGUUGGCUACAAGGAAACUAACAGGUUCUCCACACAAACCCCGAGGCCCUUCACAGAGAUAAGAAUCCACGCUGGGAGAAAUGUAAUUGACCUCGUGACGGCCUACGAGAAAACGAAACCAUGGGGAACACGAGCAGCGAGCGGGCUGCGAUGGGCCACGGCGAGAAGGCUCAGCGGCGAGACAGCCGGGGGAUCAAAGAGGGAGAGAGACCCAAAAUCCUCAUGGACAGCCCAGAGGAUGCUGACAUUUUCCACGGAGAAGACAUGAAGGCCCCUCUGGGGAAGGAGGAGUUCCUUGCCUGGCAGCAGGACCUGGAAGCAGACGAUAAAGGCCUGGCUGUCGACCGACCAACUGUUUUUCGCUGGACAGGGGAUGGAAAAGAGGUCUACCUCUCUGGGUCUUUCAACAACUGGGCCAAUAAGAUUCCCCUAAUAAGAAGUCAGAACACAUUUGUGGCAAUUGUAGAUCUACCCGAGGGAGAGCAUCAGUACAAGUUUUAUGUGGAUGGCCAGUGGACCCAUGACCCAAAGGAGCCUGUUGUGACCAGCCAGCUGGGCACCGUUAAUAAUAUCAUCCAGGUGAAGAAAACUGACUUCGAGGUGUUUGAUGCUCUCAUGGUGGACUCGCAAAAAUCCUCUGACGUGUCAGACCUGUCCAGCUCUCCUCCCGGCCCAUAUCACCAGGACGCUUAUGUCCCCAAACAGGACGAAAAGUUUAAGUCCCCACCUAUCCUCCCUCCACACCUUCUCCAAGUCAUUCUCAACAAAGACACUGGAAUAUCUUGUGACCCUGCAUUACUUCCAGAGCCGAACCACGUCAUGCUCAAUCACCUUUACGCGCUUUCAAUUAAGGAUGGAGUGAUGGUGCUUAGCGCGACACAUCGGUAUAAGAAGAAGUACGUCACCACUUUAUUGUAUAAGCCCAUCUAAUGGCCACGUCUCAUUCCAGCCACAUGAACUAUCCACCAAGUGUGCAGAAUAUUUCUGAGUUUCUUCCAUGAAAUAGAAAAAUUAGACCAAACCUGUUAAAAAUCCCUCACCUGUUCAUGUCUAUCCAAGUUGAACAGCAAAUGAAGUGGGAUGAAUGAAGGACUUUAAUGAUAUGAUUUUUAAUGAAAUAUAAACAUAAUCACAAAAUUGCAAUUCUUUACAGUUCGUUAGAGAUGGUUUGUUGUAUUGAAUUAUACAAGUUGAAAGGCAUUUCAGAGACAUCGUCAAACAUACAGAACAUUUCAAAUAUUAUUAUUAAUGUCCUCUGAGAGGAUAUUCAUAAAAAUAUUGAUGACGUGACAUUUAGCUUUAUAAACUUCUGACAUCAGCACUGAAAUGCAUUACAGUUAAAUGUUUUACCCUUUUUUUUUUGUUACAGGCAAAACUGUUACCAGUAGCGCUUGAAAAUUUAGUUGUAAUAUAUUUUUUAACAUUAA